AUGUUGAGACCAGAUGACAGAGCAGAAGGUCUGCUGCUACUCAGUAACAUGGAGCAAGCUCUGUUCCGCCUGCAACAAGGCUUUGAGCUGCAGUUCCGUCUUGGCCCGACCCUCCAGGGUAAACAGGUCCAGGUCUACACCAACUAUCCUACUGAAGGCCAUGGUUAUGAUCGACUGAGGUUUCAUCCUCUGGACUGGGUCUAUCCAAACAGACAGGAGGAUGACUGUGAUAAAUACUGCAGACUGGACUUGACAGUGGCUGGAACUUACCAGUACUACUUCUGCUGUGGGAAUAAAGAGAAAGUCAGCGGUGGUUACAUUGUUGUUGACCCAGUGCUCAGAGUAGGAGCCAAUAAUGACAUCCUGCCACUGGACUGCAUCAGCAGCCAAACAUACCAAACUAAGAAGCUUGGCCCUCUGGACAAAUGGAUGGACAGGCUCAAGGUCACAAAGGAGACUGGUUACAACAUGAUCCACUUUUCACCACUGCAGACUGUGCUCAGUGUAUCUGGUGGUGGCUACUCCAUUGUGGAUCAGCUUGAGCUGAACCCUGACUUCUCACCUGAUGGGAAGACCUGGACCCAUGUCGGUGAUCUGGUGGAGACCCUGAGAAGAGACUGGAACAUGAUCUGCAUCACUGAUGUGAUCUACAACAAUACAGCUGUUGACAGUGAAUGGAUCCACCUUCAUCCAGAGUGCGGCUACAAUCUGGUGAACUCCCCUCAUUUGAAACCAGCAUGGCUCCUGGACAGAGCUCUGUGGCACCUCAGUUGUGAGGUGGCUGAUGGGAAAUAUACUGAAGCCGGCGUUCCAGCACUCAUUCAAGAUGAACAUCACGUAAAUGCUCUGCGUUGCAUACUGUGGCAGCAGGUCUUCUCCAGGCUCAGGUUGUGGGAAUUCCUGCAGGUCAGCGUGGAUCCAGCAGUGGAGCAGUUCAGACAGCUGUUGCAGGAUGGUAGUUCACGUGUCAGGUCCAGUCCAGAGUGUAAGACGCAGUUAAAUCUGGUGCAGAACCCUCAGCACCAACGCUUUGGAAACACAGUGGACAUGGACUCUGCCCUGGAUGUUUUUAGUCCCCACAGUAAGAACAGCAUGAGCCCAACAGACAUCCAGGAUUGUUGCACCAGUUUCAGAGGACGACUGGAGGAACUAAACUCAGAGUUGUAUAAAGAGACGACCAAUCGCUCAGAGCAAGCAAUUGAGAGCAUUUUAAGAAGCGUAAUUCAUGACCGCGUCGCCGAUGAUGGAACUAAACUGGGUCCAGUCACAAGGACACGCCCUCUUUGUCCCAGAUAUUUCACCUUUCCAUUUGAAGAAAUGACUUUUGAUGAGGAAAUGGAGCUAAUGGAGAAGAAAGACAAGGCGCGCUACAUCCUGGCUCAUGAUGGCUUUGUCGAGGGGAAUGAUGUGCAAAGGAACCUUGCUGAACCAGGUUCUGAAGUCUACCUGUGGAGAAAGCUGGUGUGUCACAACAGCACUGUCAAGCUUCGUUAUGGAGAGAAACCAGAGGACUGUCCUUUCCUGUGGACUCGUAUGAAGACAUACACAGAGAUUAUAGCCACUGUCUUCUCUGGUUUAUGCCUGGUCAACUGCCUCUCUACCCCUGUGCAUGUGGCAGAGGCAAUGCUUGCAGCAGCCAGAGCCAUCAAGCCUAACCUCUAUGUGAUAGCUGAGCUCUUUACCAGCAGUCAGCUUAUUGAGAAUGUCUUUGUAAACCGCCUGGGAAUCACCAGUUUGAUGCGAGACCGUGUUCUUGCUGCAGACAGUGAAAAAGAGCAAUGCUGGUUGUCCUGGUUUGGUAGAGAGCCUGUUGGUGCUUUCUUCCAGCCCAACCUUCAGCCACUGAUCCCAGCUGUUGCUCACACCAUGUUCAUGGAUGUCAGCCCCAGAAACCACAGACCAAUCCAGGAAGAUUCAGUUUACAACUUCCUGCCCAACGCUGCUCUGGCUUCUAUGGCUUGUUGUGCAACAGGGAGCAGCAGAAGACACGAUGUACUGCUUCCUCAUCAGCUUUCAGAGGAUCAUCUGUACACCUGCUGGAACUCUGAUGCUCAAACACACGAGCAGAUCAACCUACAAACUGGCAUUCUUGCUGCCAAACUGGCACUGAACACACUUCACCAGGAGUUGGCUGUCAAGGGCUUCAGUCAGGUGUAUGUGGAACAGCUGGCAGACGGCGUGAUGGCCGUGAGCAGACACUGUCCCAGCACCCAGCAGUCUGUGGUCGCUGUGCUGCGGAGGCCACUCAACAAUCCGGACACAGAUCAUGUUCCAUCUUUGUUCAUACCAGGUCAGGUGAUGGAGGUGCUUGUAGAGGCCCGAACCAUUGUGAGCAACACCAACUCUGAAGAUGACGAUGACAAAAACGUCAGAGUUCCAUCAGCGAGUACUGUUGAGAUUAAAGAACACAUUCAGCUGAAGGACAGUGAGAUGGUGAAGAGGGCCGACAUGGUGUCAAAGCACAACACUGUUGUUCAGGAGAUAGUUCUUGACAAGUUCACACCGGGCUGCAUCAUCAUCUUCAGAGUGACUCUGGAGCCCGAGUCCCAGGAGCAGCUGGGAUCUCUGAGACACCACCUGAUCCAGUUUAGUCCCCGGUACCAGAGUGGUAGCCUGGCUGACAACAGCACUCCGCUUAUUCUCACCAAACCACUGAUGAGCAUCAUGUCAAGUCUGACACUGGCAGACAUGAACAUCCUGCUCUACCGCUGUGAUGCUGAAGAGAGGGAGGACGGAGGAGGAUGUUACAGCAUUCCUUCUUGGUCACCACUCAACUAUGGAGGCUUACAAGGGCUAAUGUCAGUGAUGGCAGAGAUUCGUCCCAAGAACAAUCUGGGACAUCCACUCUGUGAAAACCUGAGACAGGGAGACUGGAUGCUGGACUAUAUCACCAACAGACUUCUGGCCAAAGGGGGAGCUGUGGCAGAGGUAGGCUCUUGGUUAGAGGCGAUAUUUGGUUACCUGAAGCACAUCCCAUCCUACCUGAAACCUUGCUACUUUGACGCCAUCAUCCAGGGCGUCUACACCACUGCUCUGGAGGCUGCUUUCAAAUUCAUGUCAAGUUUUGUGCAAAAUGGAUCCAGCCUCGUUAAACAGCUGGCACUGGUUUCAGUGCAGAUGUGCAGUGUGAGUCCAAGUUGGGCCCCUCCCACCCUCUCUCCUCACACACCCUCCUCUGAUGAGGUCACAAACCACGAGGACCAGCACUGUGUGUCACUGGCAGCAGGUUUUCCUCACUUCUGUGCCGGCACGUUCCGUUGUUGGGGUCGUGAGACCUUCAUAUCGCUGAGAGGUCUGCUCUUGCUUACUGGCAGACACCUGGAGGCUCGGAACAUCAUCCUGACAUUUGCAGGAGCUCUGUGUCAUGGCCUGAUCCCUAACCUGCUGGGUGAGGGCGGCAGCGCUCGAUACAACAGCAGGGAUGCUGUGUGGUGGUGGUUGCAAAGUAUCCAGGAGUACUGCACACUGGUGCCUGAUGGCAUCUCCAUUCUAAAUUGUCAAGUCUCCAGGAUUUACCCCAACACCACGUCAGCUUCAGUUCAGCCACUGUAUGAUAUAAUCCAGGAAGCUAUGCAGAGUCACAUGCAGGGAAUCCAGUUCAGAGAGAUCAACGCAUGGCCACACUUUGAUCACAACAUGACUGAACAAGGGUUGAAUGUAGAGGCGGGAGUUGACCACAGCACUGGCUUCGUCUACGGAGGAAACCGUUUCAACUGUGGAACCUGGAUGAACAAGAUGGGUGAAAGUGAAAGUGCACACAACAAAGGAAUCCCUGCUACACCCAGGGAUGGUUCUGCAGUGGAGAUAGUGGGUCUGUGUAAGUCCACUGUGCGCUGGCUUAUGAAGCUCCACAACAACGGGCACUUCCCCUAUGCAGGAGUCAACAUACACAGAGAAGGACAGACAUAUUCUAUGUCAUACAUGGAGUGGGAUCAUAAGAUCCAGGAAAACUUCCAGAACAAGUUCUACAUUUCCCAUGAUCCCCAAGACCCUGAAGAGGUACACCCAGAGCUGGUCCACAAAAGAGGCAUCUACAAGGACAGUUAUGGGGCUUCCAGUCCCUGGUGUGAUUACCAGCUCAGGCCUAACUUUCCUAUUGCCAUGGUGGUGGCUCCCGAGUUGUUCACUUUGGACAGAGCUUGGGAGGCUCUAAAUGUAGCUGAGCAGAAGUUGCUGGGACCUCUGGGAAUGAAGACUUUGGACCCUGAUGACAUGGUGUAUUGUGGAGUCUAUGACAAUGACUUGGAUAAUGCUAAGUUCAAUCAAGCUAAAGGCUUCAACUAUCAUCAGGGCCCAGAGUGGUUAUGGCCUCUCGGUUACUUCCUGCGUGCCAAACUUUACUUUGCUAAGAAAAUGGGAAAUGAGACGUACGAAACAAACAUCAACCUGGUGAAAAACAUUCUGUCUCGUCAUGCUGUCCACUUGGAGAGGUCAACUUGGAAGGGUCUUCCCGCACUGACUAAUGAGAAUGGCCAGCGCUGCCCAUUUAGCUGUGAAAGCCAAGCAUCAUCCAGUGCGACCAUUCUGGAGGUCCUACAUGAUCUUUGACCUUUGACACCUGCCUACCACAUCAACACAACCUAAUGCUAUUUCAGUAUACCUGUAUCUCUGAGAGGUCACAAGAGUCACAUUUGAAAAUGAACCUGUAACAUGAAUAAAAAUUCAAGAAUUUA